AUGGAGGCAAUGGGCACAGACAAACCCGAGAGGAGAGCAGCAGAUGUUGUCAUCAUUGGGGCGGGUCUUAGUGGUUUGACGGCGGCUCGAUCCCUACAAAAGUCAAACGUGGACGUCCUGGUGCUGGAAGCCCGUGGCCGGACUGGGGGUCGCAUGCACACAGUCGAGAACAAAAUGGCCAAGUAUGUUGACCUUGGGGCCGCCUAUGUGGGCCCGGAUCAGAGGCGAGUCCUGAAACUCAUUGAAGAGUUUGGCCUGAAAACUUUCCGGACCAAUGAGAAAGAGGAUUUGGUGUAUUACGGCCAGGGAAAAGCCACCAGGUUCAAGUCGGUAUUUCCACCAGUGGGCAGCUUUCUGUCCUGGCUGGACAUGAACAACAUGUUACGUUUGUUUGAGCAGAUGAGCAAACAGAUCCCACAGACAGCGCCAUGGACGGCUGCACGAGCCAAAGAAUGGGACCAGAUGACAGUUCAACAGUUCAUCAACAAACACGCUUGGACCAAGGCUGGACGAAAUUCUACAAUUCAGUCCCAUCUCCGCAUGAAGUGCUCUCCUCUACACUCUACAGUACAAUCCUCCAUGACGCGUGCACGUCAUCAACGCCACGGAGGGCGGCGCACAGGAACAGAAGGUGGUUGGUGGAACCCAGCAGAUCUGUAA